AUGCACGCCGCCCUUCACAAGCAUCCCGAUUUCCGCACUCGUGCAGAAAUGUUGCCAUACGAGGGCCGUGUUCAUCUUGCGUACCGUGGAGCUGACGCGUUCCUCAAGACAUGGAAGUUCGGCAUCGAAGACAUCGCGACUUGCUCGCCGCGGUCUUGGGAUAUGUAUCGAGACCCCGUACUUGCGAUUGACGGCGGUUGCUGGACCAUCCUUGCUUGCCAUCUGAAUCUGUUCUUGGGAACAAUAUCAGCGGUUAGAAAGGAACGGCCGGACUUGGUACCCAUGAUGUUGCAGGCUCUCAACGGGAAUAUCAUCGGCAAUUUCUUGAUGACCGAAGUCGGGCACGGAUUAGAUGCGUAUAGGAUGGAGACGACAGCGACAAAGGUGGAAGAUAGGUUUAUAUUGAACACGCCGAGCGCCGUGGCGACGAAAUUCAUGCCACCUACAAUGCCUUAUACCACACGCUCUAAAUUUGCGGUGGUUCUUGCGCGACUGAUUGUAGGAAGUGAAGAUCGUGGGAUUCAUCCUUUCCUUGUUCGGGUUUCCUCCGCGGUCCUUCCUCCGCGUGGUGGAAGCUCCCCUCUAGACUUUUGCAUGACCUCCUUCGAUCACGUUCGCCUCCCUCCUAGCGCCUUUCUCGGACAUACACUCGAUGCACCGCCGGAUGCUCACGGUCUCCUCAUGGAGUAUAUCCGGAGAGUCGUCGUCGGCCAGAUUUCCUUAUCCCUCAUCGCCAUUACUGGCGCCAAGCUCGCCGCAUGUAUCGGCGUCGAUUAUUCGUUCAGGCGUGUCGUACAAGGGAAGCCGGCGGAGAAGAGCCCAAUCAUAGUGUUUAAGACACAACAGCUGCCAAUCCUAUACUGUAUGGCCGUCGCCUACGUGCUUGACGCCUGGGCUUCCAAAGUCAUCGAGCAGUUCACAUCGUCGCAUGUCGCCCCAGACAUGAAGAAAACAGUCGCAAUUGUCUCUAAGACGACGGUUUGUCGCCUCACGACGCACCACUACCGCGAGGUAAGCGAGCGCCUUGGAGCUCAAGGGACGUUUGGCCACAACAUGAUCAAUCAGAUUGAGAUGGAUAUCCGUGGCUUCAUAGUGACGGAAGACGACAUCAGGGCAAUAUGUGUCCGCCUGUUCCCAGAUCUUCUCCAAGGGCAUGUAUCCCUUCCUCCUCCCCCAUCAGACCAUUCGGUUUUGUGGCGUCACGCAGAAGAUGUCCUGGUGCACGGACAUCGCGAUCCUAGAUACAAUGACCUUCUUUUCCCCCAGAGUGAACCGACAAUCCUGGCUUUCGGUUAUGCGUAUGCACAUGCUGCUGCCGUCGACGCCGGCGUUGCGAAGCCCCUUGUCGAUCUGUUCCAGUCCGCUUGCAUGAAGCUGGCUCCUGGUUGGUACUCGGAGAAUACGGCUCUGCCGGAGAGUGUGCGCAUUCUGGAGGAAGACAAGGCUGUUCUCGCUGCACUUGUAUGUCGGGCAAGCGUCGCUGCCGGCCCGGGUCACGUGGUCGUGUGCCGGUGUGGGAAGAGGACUUAUGUAGGUGUCGCGCGCCAUAGGUAG